AUGUGGUACAUCUGGAAAGCAAGGAACAACAAGUUGUUUAAUGGAGUGGAGGUGUCGUCAAUGGAAACAUUUCAGAAGGCAACUCAAGAAGGUGAUGAAUGGCUUGUAGCACAAGAAGUCACAAGCGCAGCAAAGAAAAGAGAGAGACCACAAUCGAGGGACCAGGAAGAGACAAGAAGUGUGCACCGUCCGAAAUGUCAAGUGGAUGCAUCUUGGGCACACAACCAAUCUUUUUUUGGUGGAGGUUUUAUCAUGGAGAUGAACGAUGAGAGAAUUUUCUCGGGUUCUUUAGGGCGACGGCAGGUCCACUCUCCUCUCCAUGCGGAGUUUAACAAAUUGAUGUGGGCAAUGUCGUACUCGCUUCGUUCGGGAUACAUUAAUAUGACUUUCGAAUCAGACUUCCUGCAAAUGGUUAAGCUGAUCGAAGAAAAAGAAGUUUGGCCAUUUUUGGCUUCGGAAUAG